UGGGCGGCGGAGCGGCGGGGGAGCGCGGAUCGGGCCGCUCCUAGGCUGCGCGGGGCCCUGCGCGGGGCGCGCAAGUGAGCCGGGCGCGCAAGGCGGCGCCGGGGCUGCGGGAAGGCGGCGCCAUGGCCGCGGUGCAGGCGUCCCGCCGGCAGUGGUGCUACUUGUGCGACCUGCCCAAGAUGCCGUGGGCCAUGAUCUGGGAUUUCAGCGAGGCCGUGUGCCGGGGCUGCGUGAACUUCGAAGGGGCCGAUCGCAUCGAGUUCCUCAUCGAGACGGCGCGGCAGUUGAAACGCAGCCACGCCAUGCAGGACGCCCGCUCGCCGGGGCCCCAGGCCGUCAAGCAUGCCAAGGACGGAGGGCCCCUGGACCGGGCCGGGCUGGAGCGCUACGAGCGGGCCCGGGGGCCUGGCGACUACACCCUCAGCCCCCGGUUGCCCAAUGGCCUGCCCCGGGCGGAGGACGGGGGACCCGAAGGCAGCCGGCAGAGCCCCACCGCCCGGCGGGCACUGAUGGGCCCCGUGCCGCCCAACCUGGGACUGAUGGGGGCGCCGCAGGGCUUGCUGGCUGCUGUGUCGGGGCUGGGGCCCCGGGGGCCCGGCCUGGGCUUGGCGGCUGCCUCGCCCCUCUUGGGGGAGCUGGGCAAGGCGCGGGGCCCCUACGGCGGCGAGUACGAGAAGGAGAAGCAGCGCAACGCGGAGUGCCUGGCCGAGCUGAGCGAGGCCUUGCGGGGCCGGGCGGAGGAGUGGCACGGCAAGCCCAAGGCGGUGCGGGAGCAGCUGCUGGCCCUCUCAGCCUGCGCCCCCUUCAACGUGCGCUUCAAGAAGGACCACGCGCUGGUGGGGCGCAUCUUCGCCUUCGACGCCGCCCCCCGGCCCGGCUACGAGUUCGAGCUGAAGCUCUUUGUCGAGUACCCGUGCGGCUCGGGCAGCGUCUACGCCGGCGUCCUCGCCUUGGCCAAGCAGAUGUUCCACGACUGCCUCAAGGACCCCGGCAAGGUGAUCUCCUCCGGCUACAAGUACCUGGAAUAUGAGAAGCGGCACGGCACCGGGGACUGGCGCCUGCUGGGGGAGCUCUUCACCGAGGGCGUCCGGUUCUUCCGGGACCCGCCGGCCCCUGAGGCCCUACCCCAGCAGUUCCUAGACAGCAGCUGCGCCAUGCUGCCCAGCGCCCUGGUGCGGGCCAUGCCACCCCGGGCCGUCAUGCGGCGCCGCAAGGCCUCCCCGGAGCCGGAGGGCGAGGGGGGUGCGGCGGGCAAGCUGACGGGCGAGGAGCAGCAACAGAGGCAGACCUGGCUUCCCCAAGGGUCGGCCGGGAUCUACUCGCCGGGCAUGGCCCACCUUGCCGUGCCCGCCGGCCAGGCCCCGGGGCCCGAGGGCGCCCUGCGCAACGACCCCUCGCCCAUCACCGCGCUGAAGAACGUCGCCGACGCCCUGGGGGCCGGGCAGUCGCCCAAGGAUGCCAACCCCGUCCACUCCACCACGGCCCGGCAAAACAGCGCCAGUCCUGCCUCGCCCGCUGCCUCGGCCCAGCACCGGCUCGUCCCGCGCAACAGCGAGCCCGGGCAGGCAUCUUCCUCGUCGUCCUCUUCCUCCGGGGCCCACUCAGCCGGCGGCACCGACUCAGCCGGCGCCCAGAGCACCCCCGACUCCUCGGGCGGCCCCAGCAGUGCCCCCCUGUGCUGCACCAUCUGUCACGAGCGGCUGGAAGACACCCACUUUGUGCAGUGCCCCUCGGUGCCAAGCCACAAGUUCUGCUUCCCUUGCUCCCGCGAUUUCAUCAAAGCCCAGGGGGCGGCCGGCGAGGUCUAUUGCCCCAGCGGGGAGAAGUGCCCCCUGGCCGGCUCCAACGUGCCCUGGGCCUUUAUGCAGGGAGAAAUCGCCACCAUCUUGGCCGGAGACGUCAGAGUCAAAAAGGAGCGGGAUCCGUGAACCGAGAGGGGGAUCGUGGGGGUGUCCUGUCACCCCCCCUGCCUGUGAUCUGGGGGUCCCCCGGCAGCAUGAGGCCUGCGGAGUAACUGGCGCUACAAUUAACUUAUUGCCCUUUUUAACCUUUCCCAGUCUGGGGCCCUGUAUAUAAUCUAUUUUUUAAUAUUUCCAUAGCAAUCUUAUAUAUGAGGUCAUAUCUACAUAACCAACUGGGGGGUAUCACGUGUGUGCUGGGGGGAGAUGGGAGGGUUUGCUGCAUAGCAGUAUAAGGGGAAGACGGGUGGGAGUGGUAAGGGACGGAGUGAGGCCCAGACCCUCUUUUGGGGCCACCCUGGAGAUAGAAUCUCUCUGUUCCGCCCCAGAGAGGACGCAACUGGGGCAGGGAUUCCCUGCCUGUCUAACGUGUCUCAGGCCUGGCAAGGCGUCACCCCUGGGGUGAGGGUGCCGUGUGUCAAUCUCCGGGGCCUACUGGGGCUGCGGCUCCUGUCAGGCGAGGGAAGUGACUGAGAACCUGCAAACUCGCUCCAUGCAAAUUGGGGGGAGAGGGAUGUGAGCUUUGCCUGUCAUGGUCCUGGGUCUGGAGUGGCACCCCCUAGAGGGGAAGGGCCCCAUAUCCCAUCCCCUGCGUGCUCUGCCAGGGAGGCAGUGUGGCCCUUGGGGCCAGGCUCUGGGCACCUUGUUUAGCAGCUCAGUUCCUGGCAUUCUGGGUUCCAAAGUUUGGGGAACUCUUCUCUCCCCCCCCGGCCCUCUUGUGGGUUCCCCAGCUGGGCCCAUAAGGGAGCCCCCCUCCCCUGGGAGAGCAGCACAAGGACCCUGGGAGUAGAAAGCCAGAGGGGAAGGGUGACCAACUGUGCUUCCUUGGCACCUAGCCACCCAGCUGUGCCAGUCUACUCACUCCCGACCCACAGCCCCCUGCUAGCCCAGCCUGGGCUCCCCCACAGCUGACCCGCAGCGAGAACUAGCUCCUAUCCCCACCCCAACCCCCCCAUUCAGAUGCCAGUGCACAACCAGUCCCCACUAAUCCUUUUGAGUGUGGGGGAGGAGGUGGAGUCAGGUCUCCUGGGUUCAAAAAGCUGGGAAGACAGUGCUCUGCAGAGAUUUGGGGUUCCUGAUGUUUGAACAGGGGAACCCCAGCUUCCGUGGCCAGAGGAGCUGCAUUGAGAGGAGAUGGGGUUGAUUUAUAGUAGGGCCUACCUUUAUUGUUGUUGCUGAUUGUAGGAUCCAGGCUGUUUGUGGGGAGGGGGCUGGCAGCCAGGACUCCUGGGUUCUCUCCCCAGCUUGGGGAGGGGAGUGGGGUCUAGUGGUUAGAGCAGGGGGACUGGGAGCCAGGACACCGGGGUACUAUCCAAGGCUUUGCUACGAGUUUGCCAUGCAGCUGUGGCCUAGACACGUCACCGGUCCGUGCCUCAGUUUCCUUCUGUAAAGUGGGGAGGCUGGCCCUGUAAUUGCUCAGCUAGCCUAGGGCUGGGCUGUUGCCCUUUCAUCAGUGCUCCUCUUUCAGAGCCCCCCAGGAACAACCCAGGGGCACCCCGAAUCCCCAUGAUAACAAAGACCCUUGUGCAAUCCCACAAUAACAAACCAGCGUCCCGUGUGUCCAAGGCCAAAAGUCAUAAGCAGUGGGGAAAAGGAAGAGGAGCAGUUCUGUGGGUGACCCCGCCCCGCCCUGACCAGCCAGCUGCCCCUUUAAGGGGUUCUCGCUGAUUUCCACCCCCCACCCCGCCCCAGCCACUGGAUUUCCAUCACAGGCAAGGAGCUUUCCUUGGUGGGCAGUGCAGCGACCUGAGACAGGCUGGAUGCCCCAGGGAGCUGGGAAUAAGGGAGUGGGAGAGAAAAGUGCCUAGACCCCGGUUUCCAUGGGGGACCCCCCACGGACCCCGUGCUCCCUGGGGCAGGGGAAUUUUCAUACCAAAAUGCUGAGCAGACGCACACGGAAACAGGGCCACGGCCGGGGGACUGUGUGCUGGGGGCACCCCGUGGUGUGGAUGGGCCAAAGGUAGAAAGAGUCCGGGAGGGGGAAUAGAUUUCCCCGUUUUUAACUGCUCCCCUGUCAUGCCUGGAGUGGGGGCCCCGUGGAUCUGUCCCCACCUGGCUUGGGGGCCCCAUGGAGCUGUGCCUUGGCUGGGAGGUUAUUUGGGUAGAGAUUCUUGGGGGGGGGGUGCCACUGGGUCUCCCCGGCAUGCCUGGACCCAGCGGGAUGGGCCAGGGAGGCUCCCAUGGGCGCA